GCUGGAAAUCUCAUUGUUAAACUGAGGAAUAUAACUUGCCCAUUCCAGCGAGCCAUUGAGAGGGGAUGGACCACAAAGGGCUGUCUAUCAAGGAUCUGGCUGCUGGAACACAACUUCAGUCUGCUUUUUUCAUCAGGAAGUGAAGGACACCGGGUGUUUCUGUUAGCUCUGCUUUCCUCCAACCUACCCCCCCACCCUUCUAUUGCACUGUGACUUGAAGAGACAGAAAUAAAGGAGUGCCUUGCUUCAGAGAGAGAGAAAUCCUGAUUACCACAGGGUAGAAAAAAAUGCUGGGAACUAUCACUAUCACAGUUGGACAAAGAGAAACUGCAAAUGUGAUUCUGAAAGAAGAGUCCACUGAAAAUAUGGAGACUAAGCCACCUGAAUCAGUUGAUAAAACUAACGUAGAUGAUGAACAAAAGGACACACAAGAUGCUGAUAAACUAUCGCCAUUGUCAGAAGAAAAAGCAGAAGAGAUGGAGCAACCAAGUGAAUCUCCAUCAAAUGAUGUUGGAUUUAAAAAAGUUUUUAAGUUAGUUGGAUUCAAAUUUACUGUUAGAAAGGAUAAGACUGAGAAAGUGGAACCUGUUCAGCUGUUGAAUGUAAAAGCAGAUGAUACAGAAGUGACAUCAGAUGGAGCUGGAGAUUAUAAAGAAGUCAAGAUGGAGACAGAGGAGGAAUCAACCCAAAGUGAGGGCACCCCUCAUGUAGAAAAGACUGAGCAAGAAACUCAGACUGACCAGAUGAAAGAAGAAACUUCCCCUGAAGAGAUAAUAGAAAGCCCUGUUGAAGCAGGAAGUAAGGAGGCAGAAUUUAAAAACAAUGGUAACAAGUCUCCAGAGUCUCCAACAAGUCCAUUAACUAGUGAAACAGCAUCACCUCUAAGAAAAUUCUUUACCCAUGGUUGGGCUGGGUUUAGAAAAAAGACAAGCUUUAGGAAACCUAAAGAAGAAGAACAGCAAGCUAAUGAGAAAGAAAAACAAGAAAAAGAAGUGUCAAAAGAAGACACUACUAUUAAAGAAGAACUAGAAAAAGAAAAAAACAUACCAGAGCAAGAUAAGUCAGAAGCUUCUGAAGAAACUAGAGAUGAGAAAGUGGAAAAAGAGAGAGAAGAAAGAGAAGAAACAAAAAUGAUAGAUGUCUCAACAGAAACACAUCAAGAGGAAGCCGUUACUCCCAGUGAACGACCAUCAACACAAGAGUUUGCUGAAAGUGUAAACAAAGAAUCUAAGAUAAGCUUGAAUGAGAAGAUUGAUCUGGCCUCAGAGGAAAAAUCAGAACCAGCACAAGCUUGUCUAAUCGCCCUAGAGCAAAGCACUCUUGCAUCAUCUGAGAAAAAAUCUGAACUAGCAGCUCCUUUAACAGAUGAAGUAUUUGAAGAAAAAAUAGAACAAUCUGGUUCAACUUUCCCAAGGGUAACAAAAAAGCCAGAGGAAAUUUUUGAAAGUGUUGAAGACAAUUCUGAACCAAAGGCUCCUCUGGCAACAGAAUAUUUUGAUGAAAAACCCACAGAGAUAAACACUGAUGUGAGCACUGUUGUGAAGAAGGAAGAACCAACAACAACUAAAAAAGAAGAAUUAGUUCUUAAACAAUUAGUUGGAACAGGUGCUGAGAUUCAAAGAGGGGAGCCUACUGAUGAACAGCUGAAAGUCAAAGAAACCUUACCUGAAAUAGUGAAUGAAGAGCUCAAGCAAACAGAAACAAGCAGCGUAGAAGCAGCAACAUCUAAACCUCCAGAAGACAUUACAAACGAAGUUGAAUUGCUCUCAUCUCAAGAAAGAGCCAAGCUACAAGGAAGCCCCUUAAAAAAACUUUUUACAAGUAGUAGCUUAAAGAAGUUGUCAGCAAAGAAACAUAAAGGAAAAAGAGAAGAAACUAAAUCAGGGGAAGCAGCAGAGCAAAUACAUCAAUUGUCUGAUUCUGCAGAAAGCCCAGAAGAUCCAAGGGCAGAAAGCUCUGCUUCUUCCCCUGAAGAAGCAACAGAAUCUGUAGAAAAAAUUACAGAUGCAGCACAGAUCACUGAAACUGAAGAAGGAUCCACUUCAGAUGUAGAGAAGAAAAGAGAAAGUGUUACUCCUUGGGCAUCAUUUAAAAAAAUGGUGACUCCUAAGAAAAGGGUCAGGAGGCUUUCUGAAAGUGACAAAGAAGAAGAACUUGAUAAGGCAAAGAGUGCUACUCUAUCCUCAACUGAAAGUGCACCCUGUGAAGAACAAGAAGAUAUUAAAGAAAAUGGUGAGGAACAGAAAUUAGAAAAAAGCACAGAUGAACCCAAGAGAAAGGUUGAUACUUCUGUAUCGUGGGAAGCCUUGAUUUGUGUAGGCUCAUCUAAGAAAAGAACUAGAAAAUCAUCAUCUUCUGAUGAAGAAAUAGGACAAAGAUUUGCUCAGGAAGGUCAAAAAAUAGAUGAAGGUGCACCAAAUAAAGAAACAGGUCCGGACAUGACUUUUACUAGCUUACAAGAAAGUGAUCAAGGACAAGUAAGUUCCUCACCAGAACAAGCUGGAAGCCCAUCUGAAGGUGAGGGAGUUUCUACAUGGGAGUCUUUCAAAAGACUAGUAACCCCAAGAAGAAAAUCUAAAACAAAGAUGGAAGAGAGAAAUGAAGAAUCUGUCACAGUUCCAAGUUUAGAACAUUCUACUUCAGAUGGAGAUUCUGGAAAAGAAGAAUCCUGGGUUUCAUUUAAAAAACUGAUGCCUGGUCGUAGGAAGAAAAAGUCAGAUGGAAUACCAGAACACGCUCCUGUUCAAGAAGCUGGAGAAGAAGUGGCAGAAACCAAUGAGGAAGACUCCGAUAUACCUGCUGUUGUUCCUUUAUCAGAGUAUGAAGCUGCUGAACAAGAGAAAUUUGAGGCUCAGAAGAUGAAGCAAGGUGAUAUACCUAAGAAAACUUCAGACCAGAGCACAGAAAAGUCAGAAGGUACUUUAAUAAUUGAGCAGUCCAGUGAAGGACUAGUUCAUGCAAUUACUGUUACAGUGGUAGAAGGGGAGAGAGCAGUUACAAGUAUUGAAGAAAGGUCACCAUCUUGGAUAUCAGCUGCUAUGACAGAGUCCAUUGAACAUGCAAAUGAAGAUGAAGAGAAACAAACUGAGCAGAUCUCUGGAACAGGAAUUGUUGAAGAAACAGUGGUGGUUACUAAUGUCAUGCCAGAAAUUAAGAAGGACAUUAGUGGUGACACUAUCAUCAGUGAACUGGAGUUAACCUCAGAAGCAAUUACAGCUCGAGAAGAAGCUUCAGGUGUUGAAGAAGCAACUGAAGUAUCCUGCGCUGAAGAAACAACUGAAAUGGUUUCAGCAGUUUCAAGGCUAACUGAAUCCCCUGAUACAACAGAAAUAGCUACACCUGUGCAGGAGGCAGAGGAAAGUCAGCAAAGCCUAGAAGAAUUAAAUAAGCAAACACAGGAAAUCCUGCAAGAAGUUGCUGAAAGGGUUAAAUUGUCUGAUGAAGCAGAGGUGAUGAGUGAAAGCACGUCAGAAGUAAUAAUUCAGCCACUGUCAGUAGAAAAAAUUGGGCAACAAAUAGCUGUCAUAUUGGUUGAACCAGCCUUAAAGGAAACUGAAUUGACUGUAUCACCUUUAAAGGAAGAAAAAGCUGAGAAGACUGAUAUCCAGAUAGAUGAAGACACAGAAAGCUGUCAAGGUCAAGUUGAAGUUAACGAAAGUAGUUUGAAGGAAGUGUUGGAGAAGAUUAAUGAUGUGUGUGUGGAGGUGGAAGAAAGCUCAAAAGAAAGCAUUCGCUUAGAUAGGGCUGAUGAAAUUCAUCACCCAAAGAUUAAACAAGAACUUUUAGAAAGACCUGAAGAAACUAUUGAAAAACAGAUGGUUGAAGAGACAUCUGAAGAGGAAGAAUUUGUUAUUGUUACAGUAACUCCUGAAGAGGAUCCAGAAGUAAAAGUUGGUGAUACAGCUGGAAAGCAACCAAUGCCAUUAGAAGAAAAGGAAAAUGAAGAAUAUUGCAGUGCAAAUAUAGUACAGGAAGUCAAAAUGAGUUUAGAAGAAACAGCACAAGAUGGGGUUUCAGAAGAUGUUGUCCCAAAAGUGGAUGAAUCUACAAAAGUAGCAUGUGAAGAGGAGUCUCCAUUCUCCCAGAAAAGUGAAGAUGUGGUGAAUAUCGUACCUGAUCUGGUAUCAGAAUGGACAGAAACAAUUGCAGUUGGGGUAAAGGAGGCCCUUCCACAGAAUGAAGUAAAAGAUUCUAAACUUUUAAUAGAGCCUCCAAAUACUGAAGCAUUUGUGCUUGAGGCACCCAUCCAGAGCAAGAUCACUGAAGUUCCAGUCCAGAAUGCAGUAACUAAAAUCAGUGAAACAGCAAGUACAGAGGAAGUUGGAUUUGAGGCCUGUAUACAGAACAAGGACCCUGAGAUCUCUGUGGAAACUGUGGAAACUGAGCCCCAUGUACAGAAGAUGGAACCUGAGGUCCAAUUGCCAAAAUUGGAAACCAAGAUCUCUGUGGCAGACAUGAAACCUGAGCCUCAAGCAGAGACUGUGGAAAAGGAGAUGCCCAUACAAAAGGUGGAAACAAAUGGUCAUGUAGAAGAAGUGCAAAGAAAGUCCCAAAUACAGAGUGUGGAAGCAGAGGUCUUGGCAGAGAAGGCAGAAUUAACAGUAGAUGUGGAGUUUCCCACAGAGAAGCCAAAAACCGAGUCCACCACAGAAGUUGAUGCAGACAUUAAAGAGUCAGAAGCACUGUUUUCUGCAGAAAAAGCACACACACAGUUUGAGGUGGAGGCCUCUACAAAGAAGGUGGAUGUGGAGGUAGAUACAGAAAAAGUGGCAGAAGUUGUCAAGACAAAGAUUGAAGCAGAGACCUCCAUAAAGAAGGUGGAAUCAGAGGCUCUCACAGAGAGGAUGGAGGUCCCCAUACAGAAAGCAGAAGUCCUUACAGGGAAGGCAGAUGCAGCAGGGCAUGUGGAUGCUUCCACAGACAAGGAAGAAGCAAAAUUGGAAGCAGAGGUCUCUGCAGAGAAGUUAGACUCAAAAAUGGAUGUGGAGGCUUCCAAAGAAAAAGCAGGUGCAAUGUUGGAAGCAGAGGCCCCUUCCAAGAAGGCAGAAGUGGAGGCCCCGUCAGAGCAGGGAGAUGCAAAGCUGGAUAAGGAAGCCCCUGCAGUGAAAAUGGAUGUGGAGUCUCUUGCAGAAAAAGCAGAUUCAGAGGUUACCAAGGAAAAGAGUGAUGUGGAUGUUCCUACAGUGAAGGUAGAUGUGGAGCACUCCACAGAGGAGGUAAAAGUGGAAUCCUCUAUACAAAAAGCAGAAGCUGAGAUCUUCAUAGAGAAAGCAGAAGGAGAGCACCCCAUAAAGAAGUCAGAAGCAAAGGCAGGAGCCGAGGUCUUUGCAGAAAAAGUAGAUGCAAAGAUGGAUGUUAAAGCUCCUGCAGAGAAGGUGGAUGAAGAGGUCCCUGCAGAACAGUCAAAAGAAAUGGUGGAAGUAGAAGCCACCGAGCAGACAGAACCAAAGGAGAUCCUGAAAAAUAUGGAGCAUGAAGUCAGAUUUCAGUGUGAGGUAGAAGAUAUUACAAAAUCCGUAGCAACAUGUGUUGAGGUAAUUUCAGGUGAAGCCCCAACGCAUAUUGAUUCAGAGCAAGCAUCUGUGGCAAGUGACAUGACUGCAGUUCCUGUGCAGAAAGGGACACAAGCUGUUGCCCCUACCUUAAAAACAACCAGUUUUGUUACAGUUAUUACCGAGGAGCCUUUGAAGUGUGAAGUAAAAGCUGCUGCUCUUGCCUUAGAAAAAAUAUCAACAGAGCAAGCUGUAACCGAGGAACCAAAGCAGGAUGCAAUGGAUCUCACCCAGGCGUAUGCAGCAGAUGCCAGGCCUACCUUGGAAUCGCAACGUACAGAAGGACGUGCAGCUGAAACCCAAGAAAGGAAUGAGCUGAAGGAUGUCACACUUGUGGAAUCAAAAUGCAGUGAAGAAUCUUACACCCCUGUGCAGAAGGAAGUAGUUUCACCUCCUGUGAAGACUGAAGUGGUAACAUUAAAGUCCAUGGGCCCAACUGCUUCUGAAGGACCCAUGCAGAAAGAAAAGGAAGAUGCACUUACUUUGGAAUCAACUUGCACUGAGGCUGAAAUAGCUGAGGAUACUGUGCAAAGUGAGGCGACUGUUGAUUUUGUGAAAAAGGAGCUUGGAAACACAGAGCUAAUGACUGAAACAGAAUCCACAGGCACGGUAAUAACUGAAGCUGCAAAGACUGAAGUAGGAGGAGACCUUCCCACUUCAGACUGUGAAGGCAGAGAGAGUUUUGUCUCAAAUGCCAUUUUGGAACAUAAAAGAGAUAGUACUUUGCCAGACGUAAAAUCAGAAGGCAGAGAAGCAGGUGUGAAUGGGAUGGCUGUAAAGAUUGAAACACGUUCUGAUAAAUUGCCCCUGGAAACAGUCUGUCAACUUUCAGAGUCUAUUGGAGCUUCAGAUAGCUGCCAGAGAAGACAAGCACUGACAGAGAAGGCGCUAAUAAUAGAAACUGAAAAGUCAUCAGAAAUCAUAGAACUUGCUGGUGGGGACAUAGUUUUUGCAGCUCCAGUACAGCAAGAGCUUUUUGCUGAGCAACAGGAGGCUGUCACUGAGGACAUUCCUGAAGUGCAAAGUUAUGCAGCUCAUAAAUCUUCUGUAACAGUAGCAGCUGCAGCAGUUGAAGAGCAGGUCAUUGCAGAAAAUGUCACAUUUACAGAAACAUCAGCUGAAACCUUGCAAACUUCUCUAGAGAUGCCAAAAGAAACAGUGUUCAAAAUGGUACAGCAGGUGAGCUUUGCUCACUCAGGACCUGCGGCUCUAGGUCUUGAUACCAAGGCAGUGUCAUGGUCUGAGAAAGCUGAUUCAGUGGUAGAGGAGCAGGUUUUACCAACAGGAAGAUGCACCAAAGAUGAUUUGAUCCAAAAGCCUGUAUUUGAUUCCAUCCCUGAAACGAAGCUUCAAAAAUCAGAGUCUGGUCAAGAAGCUGAAAAAAGGACAACUCCACAAAGAAGCCCGUCUUUAACCCAUAUAGAAUUUCAAAAAGAUGUUGUUCAAUCUGUAACUAUAGAGUCUCAAAGUACAAAAAUUGUAUUAAAAAUCAUCCAGAAUGCUGUUGAUAAAUUGGAGGAAACAGAAGAACCAGCAUCCGCAUCAAAGCAGCCGAGUGGACCAUAUUUAAUGGAUGUAAAUAAAUUUGAAAUUCAGGAAGAAAUACAGACUGGUCAGCAGUUUUCUGUAAAAGGCAGAGAAGAGAAAAAUCUAGAGAUAGAACAGUCAACUAUAAUUUUAAAACAGCCUGCAGAGAAACAAGAGACCUUCAAAACAGCAGAAAAAAUGCCUUUGACUUCUGAUAAGUCUGAAGACAGAGAAAGUUGUGGCUCCAGAAAGGCAGAGGCUGAUCUCAACACAAUAGAAAACAUGUCACAGACAGAUGAACAAUCAUGCACUGUGCCAACACUAGUGCGAGACCCUGGAUCUAUGGAUGAAGUUGUAAAAGAAAUAGGGUUGCAGAAAGAAAAUGGUGAACCAAAGUUUCAGUCUGAAUUGGAUACAGCUGCUCCAGCAGAGACUCAGAGAAGGACUCUGGAAGGUACUGUAUCAGGGGAUGUACCCAAAGAAUCACUUGAUGUAGGCCAACCAAAGCUAAAGGAUAUAGAAGUUGGGCAGACUGUUCACAACCAAGAACAAUUAAUAGAACAACAAACACACGUGAAGAGGAAAGAAGACCGUAGCCAAUCAACAGGCUUUGUGGAGACACACAGAGAGGAAGAUAUAAAUAAACAAGACUACACAUCCUGUGAGAGUUCACAGCUAAAAUCAGAGCUUACUGAAUCCUGAGGUUCAAUUUCUAUGGAAAGCUGUGUCUUAUAUUUGGAGGGACCAGUUCCUAAAGAAGGCCCCAGAAGAGGAUGGCUUCUGCUUAACUGGGCUGAAGACCAAUGAUUUUGAACACUGAGAACAGACCUCUGCUUUUGAUGCCAUUCCAAGAGAGUCACCUGACAAUCCUGAGACGCCAUCGGGAGCUUUAGCCACCUCCUUUUACUUUUGAUUGUUAACACUUCCUUUUCACAAUAUGCUUUUAUAAUUUUUUUUGCUGGUAAGAUGAGUUGGGGUGGGGUGGGCAGGAAGUGUUACCUUUUGCUGAGAUGACAUCCAUACCUUUACUUAGGAAGGAAGUUGGCAUAUUUGAAGCUCCCCCUUUUAUCAGUGCUUCCAAAACUGGAUUGUAAUUCCUUGUGUAUUUAUGUGUAUAUCUUCAAGCAAAAUCUGAUUUUAAUGUAUAUUUCCUCUUUAUAUGUGACAAAAAGAAAGAAAAUAAUCUCCUUGCUUGUCUUACCCAAGUGACCACAGGGAAGUAUUAUAAGUGAGCUACAGCUAGCCAAGGAAGGAUCCUAAUAAAUUUACAUUGGAUUCCCAUGGUUUUUAAAGGGUGUGAGAACCAAUGUUUGAUGUUGUAUUUAGGUAUUUGUCAAAAGGCACAGUUCCCCUUUGGAAUAGUAGAGAUACCAAUUUAUUAAACAGAACUUCAUUUUUCAUCACAUUCUCUCAGUGUGGCACAGUUGAAUGGAGAGCACCCAGCCUCCUACCAUCCAUAGGGAGCUUCUGAUUCAAUGAAGGUAUCCCACUGCUAGAAAGGUAUGCAGGAGGCAAUCUUCAUUGAUUCUUCUCUCUACCUGCAGUCCCCAAUCUGCUCUGAAGAGUUGGGGCAUCCUCCAGAAUAGCAGUGGAGGUGGUGUGGGGGAUGCAGAGGGAGGUCGAACUGUUGAAGAUCUGCCAGUGGAAUCUUGCUUGGGGAAUGCUCCAACCAAUGGAAAAGAAGCUGGGUCCAACCCAAUGGUCUUAAGGCUGCCUAAACCUGUAUUUGGUUGUGGCUUUCAAGUUUUGAGUACAAUUUCUUCCCUCUAGAAUCACCUGUGGGGAAUAUGGGACAUUUUUAAAACUUCAAACUGCCCACCAGCCUUGACAUAUGAUUCAUUUAAGAAAUUAUCAUACAAUAACUUUAGGCAAAACAUUGAACUUUUCUUAGCCUAUCAAGAAUUUCAAAAAAUGGUUCCAUUUUAAAAAAAAGUUUAAAUAUUUUCCUGUUCUUGGAACAUCCCCGUGUUAUAAAAUGAGUCAGGUUCCCCCCCCCCCCAAAAGGUUUUAAUGAGCAAAGGAUUAUGUCUGCUCUGUAUUUGUGUUCUCUUGUUAGGAAAGUGUGUUUCAUUAUGCUUAUGUACAUUUAGUAAACUGUGAUUUCUGAAAAGUGAUUUAAAUAAAGACUUGGCUUACAAUUAGCUUUGCGCUUUUAAAUAAAAUUUACAAAAAGUAAUGUAGGAAGUCUUGAGCAAAGUCAUUCUCAAUUUUGUUAAUGUAAAAUGCAGUUCUUAGUACAGUCAGUACAGGUUGUGCAUAAAAACUGGGCAGGCUUGAAAUGCUAAAUAAUUGAACAAUAAUUAAAACGUUCAAAGCAUUUAGUAUCUGAUCUUCUAGACACCAAGCAUGUCUAGCAGGUCAGGUUAAAUUGCACUUUGUAGCCUUUGCAUCUAUCUGGCUGAGCCUGCUGUAUAGUCCAGCAGCUUCACUAUCCUACAUGUAUAGUAAUUUAUUUGAAAAUGAACUAAGUGAGCCAAAUAAAUACUUCUUUUACGAGCUGCACAAGGAGUAAAGAAAGUAAAAUGUCACUAGCGUGAUUGCACCAUCUAGUGGUUGCUAUAUUCAUUUUGUAGCUUAGGAUAUCUUUUGUUUAACAUAUUGCCUUCCAUCUAAUAAAAUAGGGAAAGACAUACGUUUCUUACAAUAAAUCUUGCAUAAUAUCUGGAACAGCUUUGCUAAUAUGCAACUAUGAUAAAUGAUAAUAUUGAACCUUAGCAGUGUAUUGCAACACGUGGAGUUCUGCAAUGAGGUAGUUGAUUUGUGAAACUUAAAAGUGAAUGCUUAGGGUUUUUUUAAAAAAAAAACUUAGAAGUAUAGGGUUUCUUUGAACAUCAAUAAAGUAAAACAGUCUAAUAGAUCAAUUUACAUUAAGAUAUGUAUUUGCAACUUUUAACUCUCAAUUUCAAUGACUUGCCUUCUGAUGUACAUCCACUGGGAUCACAGUGCCAGAGGUCAUUAAAUCAUUUUGAUGUAAUCACUGGAACCUUUUGGAUUUUCAUUUAUGGAGUUUCCAGACUGGCAAUCUGGAUAAUUGUUUUGCUUUUAAAUUAACCAAUGAGGCCAGUGAGCUGAGGCAGCAGGUCCUGAACCGCAGUGGAGGAAGAGGCUGCCCCUGCCUGCUUACUGGCAGCUAGAAGAUGUGGUGCCAAAGGCAGGAAGGAGACAUGUCUGCAGGGCGUGGUUGCUGACUAUCCAGCAAUGUCCUUUACUGCCUACCUCCAUCCCUUGUCCCUUGAUAGCCACCAAUUUGGAUGUGCCACCCUACAUUCCCUCUGUUGGUGCUUAGCAGCAGUAGCUGUGUCGUGCUUCCCACCACACCUCACUGACCUUACUGACUGACUUAAAGGCAAAACAGUUAUCUUCAUUGCCAGUUUGGGAAUCCUGUACAAUAUCUGUUAACAUAUCUCUCCAAAACUAGUAUCUUCCUUUUCCACACCUGUUGUGUGCAGAGUUAUCCUUCAUAGUAAACCUUAAAAGCUUACAUUUUCUCCUAGGAUCACAUUCUGAGACAUGCUAGGAGAGAAUAAUGUAACCAGUAACCCUUCCACACCAAUUGAGCAUUAGUCUACAACGGUCCUGUUCAGAACACACUUUUAAACCAUGACUUUAAUCAUGGUGAAUAAGACCUUUUGCCUUAUUCUGAACAGGGCCAAAGUCUCUCUUCUCUUUCAAAAUCAAUGAACUGCUCAGUCAGUAAGUACCACAGAAAUCUCUUCCACUGAAAGGUAGAUGGUAUAUGUACACAAAUUAGCAUGUGCGACUUUCCAGACUUUAGUCCUGUCAUCACACAAACACAUUUGAGAUAAAUUUGUGAGAAAGUUAAGUUCAUUUAGUGCAAGAAUGAAUUUUUAAGAAUUCCACCUGGAUAGUUUCCCUUAGCAAAAUAAUAAUGAAAAGUUCACAGGUAGGAGGUUUUGGAUCAAUUAGAUAUAUCACAUAUGUGUGUUUACAGUGUGUAAAAAUGUGUAAAACGUUUAGUAACCUGGUGUGUCCCAAAUUGAUUUGAGGGAAGUCUUUGUUUCUGUGGGCUUUUUUCUUCAUAGAGUCUGCUUCCCCACUCCUCAUUUUGAGUAUAAAUUACAAAGUUCGUUCUGAUUGCCAAAUGAUAGAUUGCUUACUUUCAUUGGCCUCCUUGACAAGUUACUCACAUGAAGGGGGCAUCGCACAAGUUGUGGCAGCGGGCUUGUGCUCCUGAUCCCACCUGCUGGCAUCAGGCAUGCUGCCUGGCCCCACCUACAGAAAUUGAGGCAUUCCUUUGGUCGUCUGCAAGGGAAAAGCCUUUGUGUGAGCAGCUGCUCACAUGUAGGCUUCUGCAUGAUUAGGGCCUCAGUGUGAUCAGGUGUCCUGACUGGGCAGAAGCCUUCACACAAGCAGCUCCUUACAUGUAUGUUCCCCCCCCUGCAGAUACCAAUGGUAACAUGUUGAUACUUGUAGGCAAGGGCAGAUAGUGUGCCCAAAGCUGGAAGGGAGAGCCAGGGGGACGGUCCCACUGUUCAUGACUUGUGUGAUAACCACAGGGCUAAUGUAGGUUUUACAACAUGUCUGUAAAAGUCAGUCUCGGAAUGAUAUGUGGCCCACUGGUUGCAGAUUGUACUCUUUGACAGAUGCUUGACCAACUUUCUUUUUGUGGUCCAUUCAAUGACAAAAGAAGGAAGAAAUCAUGCAUCUGGCAGGUCACAAAACAUGUGAAUUUCAUGUGUGACAGCUAAUGUGAAACCAAUUUAUACGAACUGUUAUCUGUGUAUGGAAAGCCGUAUUGCAGUAGGUGAAACAAGCUAAAUAAUUAAAAAGAAUGGCAUGACCUAUGUAAUCUUGGUUCUAAUCUUUAUAGCGCCAAAGCUGUUAAUAAAUAUGUAAAGUUAUCUAAACAACAUUUAAAUAAAACCUAGUAAUCACAGUGUAAAUUUUCAAUGGCUAGAAGUUGGGGAACAAGCGCUUAGUUCUUGCUUGUUUUUGUGUUUGUUU